AUGCCGCGCACCGCCCUCUUCGUCAUUGACAUUCAAAACGAGCUCGCCGGGCAUCCGCCGACCCAAGUCCCCAGCGCCGCGCGGAUCCGCGCCGCCGGCGAGCGCAUCCUCGCCGCCAGCCGGGCCCUCGGUUCUACGAAUACGCCCAACGGCGGCGAGCAGCAGCCCGCGCUGACCGUCUUUGUGCAGCACGAGGAGAGCCCCGAGAGCGGUGGCUCGCUCGUGCGCGGCGCGGAGCUGUGGAAGCUCGUCUUUCCGCCCCGCGACGGCGCCGCCGACGAGAUUCUCAUCGCCAAGACGACCCAAAACACGUUCGAGUCAAACCCGGACCUGGCAGACAGGCUCAAGGGCGCGGGCGUGGACCACAUCGUCGCCUUUGGCCUGCAGAGCGAGUGCUGCGUAGGGGAGACGUGCAAGGGCGCGCUCGCAGCGGGCUUUCGCGUGUCGCUGCUGCAGGGCGCGCACUCGACGUACGACAGCCAGGGCAAGACGGCCGCCGAGAUUGAGAAGGAGGUGGAAGAGAUGCUGGUAAGCCGCGGCGCAAAGGUGGUGCCGUGGGAGCUUGCCGUGUCGCAGUGGCAAACGGCUGGCGUGGUGUGCUGA